AGGCCAUAAUCAAUUUGAAGAUCGUGUAAGAUCGACGGAACGAAGAAAUCUAUAUCGCGUGCGAGGAGAGGAUUUGCAUAAAUUGAGUCUGAGUGAUAAUGGUAAAUGAGACGAUGGGACAUGUGGUGGCUAUGUGGUUAUGUAACAGCCCUUUAGUGCGAAUUAAAUGGACUUUAAAGAGUUCUCAAACAGGAUUUAUAACAAAUACUGUCUAACAAAAGCGGAUAAACCAAUGAUAAUUAUACAGACUUUCUAAGGAUCCAUUUCAAGGUGAUCUAAUUCUAAUGACUUCUAUUAUUUCUUUUUAACUACCAACAGACCAGCUAUACUGACAAAGGAACCAAACCUGAAGCCGGCAAAUUUCUAAGCUUUGAUCACUUAACCUUCUACGUUGGCAACGCCAAGCAGGCGGCCAGCUACUAUACCACUCGACUGGGCUUCGAACCACUUGGCUAUCAGGGAUUAGAGACCGGGGAGCGACGCUUCGCCAAGCAUGCCGUCCGCCAGAACAAGAUCGUCUUUGUGUUCGUCUCCGCCUACACGCCGGAUGACGAGGAGCAUGGACUCCACCUGAUGCGCCACGGCGACGGUGUCAAGGAUGUAGCCUUCGAAGUGGAGGAUUUGAAUGCCAUUUUCACACUGGCCGUGUCCCGUGGGGCCGAAGUGGUCCGCGACAUCUGGGAGGAGAGCGAUGAUCAGGGAUUCGUGAGAUUCGCUACCAUCAAGACGUACGGCGACACUACCCACACUUUCGUGGAGCGCAAUGGGUACGCUGGAGAUUUCCUGCCUGGAUUCCAGCGGUCGCCCAAAGAUGUCCUUCUAAACGGAUUGCCCUCCACCAAGCUGAACUUCAUUGAUCACGUGGUGGGCAACCAGCCGGAUCUGCAGAUGGAGAGCGUGGCCUCCUGGUACGAGAGAAUCCUGCAGUUCCACCGCUUCUGGUCCGUGGAUGACUCGCAGAUUCACACGGAAUACUCCGCCCUGCGGUCCAUCGUGAUGGCAAACUACGAGGAGACGGUGAAGAUGCCGAUCAAUGAGCCAGCCAAUGGGAAAAAGAAGUCACAGAUCCAGGAGUACGUGGAGUACUACGGCGGCGGUGGUGUCCAGCACAUUGCUCUUAAUACGGAUGACAUUAUCGAGGCGGUGAGCAACCUAAAGGCUCGAGGAACCGAGUUCCUGACCAUCCCAUCCUCGUACUACGAGAUCCUUCAGGAGCAGCUCUCGCACAGCCGCACCAAGAUCAAGGAGGACAUGGAGGUCUUGAAGAAGUUGAACAUUUUGAUUGACUUCGACGAGAACGGAUAUCUGCUGCAGAUCUUCACAAAGAACUGCCAGGAUAGACCGACCCUCUUCCUGGAAGUUAUCCAACGCUACAAUCACAAUGGAUUUGGCGCUGGCAACUUUAAGUCCUUGUUCACGGCCAUUGAAAUUGAACAAGCCAAGCGAGGAAACUUGUGAAUCAAAUGUGAUCAAAUUGAGAACUAACAAAAUCAAUAAUAAAUGAAAUGGUCUAAACUG